UGCCCCAGAGACCAGAAUGUGCACACAUACAGAAGUCGGAGUGUGGUGGCCACGGCAAGAAACAGAAGAAGAGACGCAGACAUAGGACCAUAUUUACGAGUUACCAGAGUGACGAACUGGAGAAGACAUUUAAGGAGGCACAUUACCCUGACCUGUACACUCGGGAGGUGUUGGCCCUGAAGAUUGAUCUCCCUGAGGAUCGUAUUCAGGUAUGGUUUCAAAACAGACGAGCAAAAUGGCGAAAGAGCGAGAAGACCUGGGGGAAAAGUAGCAUUAUGGCAGAAUAUGGUCUGUACGGAGCCAUGGUUAGACAUGCACUUCCGCUUCCGGAAUCUAUCCUGAAAUCAGCUAACAAAGGCAUCGACAAGUCAAACGCACCGUGGCUGUUGGGUAUGCACAAGAAGUCUAUCGAAGCGUCUAAAAAGAUGAAAGAGGAAGAGAAUACGGAAGAGGAGGGAACAGAUGACAAACAUAAAGAUGAGUUCCGGUCGGAAAGUAUCGCUGCUUUACGGGCCAAAGCACAGGAACAUAGUGCUCGAAUGUUACAAGCUCUCAAUCGGGAAGGAAAGCCAAAUUUUGAGGAAACAAGCAAUAGUUCUUUUGACAGUUCUUUUUUCUCUGACUCAGGUGAUACAUCAGUGGAUAUAACCAGACAGUGA